AUGGAGCUCUGGAACUCCACCAUGGGAAGUGGCUUCAUUUUGGUUGGAAUUCUGGAUGGCAGUGGCUCUCCUGAACUACUCUGUGCCACAGUCACAGCCCUGUAUACCUUGGCACUGACCAGCAAUGGACUGCUGCUCCUGGUCAUCACAGUGGAUGCCCGGCUCCAUGUGCCCAUGUAUCUUCUACUUAGACAGCUCUCUUUCAUUGAUCUCCUCUUCACAUCCGUUGUCACUCCCAAGGCUGUCAUGGAUUUUCUUUUGAGAGACAACACUAUAUCCUUUGGAGGCUGUGCCCUUCAGAUGGCUCUAGCAUUGAUGCUGGGCAGUGCAGAGGACCUCCUUUUGGCCUUCAUGGCCUAUGACAGAUAUGUGGCCAUUUGUCAUCCUUUGAACUACAUGAUCUUCAUGAGUCCUAGGAUCUGCUGGCUCAUAGUGGCCACAUCAUGGCUCCUGGCAUCUCUGACUGCAGUAGGUCAUACUGUGUACACUAUGCACUUCCCUUUCUGCAUGUCUCAGGAAAUUAGACACCUUCUCUGUGAGAUUCUGCCUUUGUUGAAGCUGUCCUGUGUAGAUACCUAAUAUGAGCUCAUGGUUUAUGUGACAGGGGUGACAUUCCUCUUACUCCCCCUUUCUGCCAUUGUUACCUCUUACACACUAAUUCUGUUCACUGUGCUACACAUGCCCUCAAAUGAAGGGAAAAAGAAAGCCCUUGUCACAUGCCUUUCCCACUUGACAGUGGUCGGGAUGUUUUAUGGAGCUGCCACCUUCAUGUAUGUCCUACCCAGUUCACUGCACAACACCAAUCAAGACAAUAUUAUCUCUGUGUUUUAUACAAUAGUCACCCCAGCUCUGAACCCCCUCAUCUACAGCCUGAGGAAUAAGGAGGUAAUUGGGGCUUUGAGAAGGGUCCUGGGCAGAUACAUCCUGCCAGCACACCCCACUCUCUGA